AUGGAACCAUCGAUUUUGGCACUUGAUCGCAACAACACAUGUGAACUAAAAAUUAGGCAAAGGAAGAUGACAAUAUCUACAGUUGGUGUUCCAAAUACAAUAAAAAUGCUAGCAUCUCACAAGCUUCAGUCAACGCUGGCAGUCAGUCUGCAUGCCCCAAAUCAGAAGCUGCGGGAGACGAUUGUUCCUAGCACCAAGUCUUACCCCUUGGGAGCACUAAUGGAUGACUGCAAGAGUUACUUCCUUGAAACUAGGCGCAGGGUAUCCUUCGAGUACACUCUGCUAGCUGGGAUUAACGGUGAAAAGGAGCAUGCCGAAGAGCUAGCAGAACUACUUCAUAUGUGUGGAGGUGGUUACCAUGUGAACCUGAUUCCCUAUAACCCAAUUGUAGGCUCGGAGUACAAGAGACCUUACAGAAAAGUGGUCCAAGCCUUUGUUGAUGCUUUAGAAGCCUGUGGGCAGCUGAGGAAUGAGUUUCAGAAGAAUCCACUACUUGAGAUUGAACCAUCACCCUCCACAGAGCGGACCCUCAUAACUGCUUAA